AUGGGAAAUAGUUCCAGACAUUAAAAUGAUUAGGGAAAUCAAACUUAAUAAUUAGGGAGACAAUGUGAUAAAGUAGAAGAUGAAUUGAGUAAAUAUAUAGCGUAGAGUAUGUUUAAAUAUGAGUUUAGAUUGUUCAAUAUUGCCAUCAUCAAUAAAGUAAAACCCUGAGUUUAAAGGAUAAAGAUUGAAUUGUAUAAGGUGUUAGUGUUUAUUGUUUGAUGAUGGAUUGGGAAGAACGAAUAAAUGUGAAGAAUGUGAAAUUGUGUAUGUGAUAAAAGAUGGAGUGAUGAGUGUUUUGAAUCAGAGUUAAGAUGUUAAAUGCUGUUCAUAUAGUUUCCCUUUAUAAUAUUUAGAUUCUGUUGUAUUGCGUGUGAAUCAGUAUUUGAGGUUAUUAUAAUUUGUAGGAGCUGUAUUAAUCAUAUUUCUUAUGCCGAGUUGAUGACUCAAAUAAUAUUACCUUUUUUUGGGAUCAGAGAAAGAGUAAUAACAUGUGGGGCUUGCUUCAAUAUUGAUUAGUUUGAAUUCAGAGUGGUUGGAUGUGGAUCAUAACUUUAAGGCAUUGUGGGAUGUAGUACAAAGAUCUAAUGUUAUGAAUCAUAUACGGAUAGAAUUUUGUACAAAUUGAAAAUAUAUACAUAAAGAAAAAACUUUUAAGAUGAACUAUUUCAUUACUUUCAUUCUCAUCCGAAAGAAAAUCAAUUGAUUUAGGGUAAGAAAUUGAAGUAAUGUAGAUUCAUAUAUAAAAAUAAAUAAUCAGGAAUAUUUUGUAUUAUAAUGCACAGAGUAAUCAGGUAGAUUACACUAAUAUACAAAAAUAGAAUGUUUAUAAAAUGUACCAAGAUUGGGUUAGGUUUAAAUUAUUAUACUGAAGUAACCAAUAGAAUUCUCUCGUUGUAAUAGGAAUUAGGCAAUUUAAUAAAUGAAAAAAUACUUGAUUGAACCAUAUUUUGGAGGAUUGACUCGAUAUUUAGAGAGAGGAUAAAUUUUGAGAAUAGGAGAUUUCAUUUUUGAAGUAUGUUUAGAUGAAGAAUAUGGAUUUGUGAUUCCCCAUUAGACAUAAAUCCAUAUAACAGAUUAAGUUGAUUAAAGAAUGAAUCUUUAGUAAGUCUAACCAAUUUAAAACUACAAUAUUAUAAGCAGAUCUAUUAAUAAUUAGAAUAAUAGUAGUAGAUAAGAUUAGAUAGAAUCAUUACAUAGAUUAUUAAAUACAUUUAUAUAGCUUAAUGAAAAUGGAACAAUUGAAGGCAAUGUUGGAUGUGAAGAACAUGAAAUAUAGUAAUUACCAGUAAGAAAGAUUAAUUUGGAAUAAAUCAAACAAUUAGAUGAAGAUUAUAUGAAAUGUUUAAUAUGUUUAUGUGAGUAUGAAGAAGAAGAUUUAGUUAAGACUAUUCCUUGCUGUAUAAAUUUGAUAAUAUUAUAUAUAGUACAUUAUUUUCAUGAUGAUUGUAUUGAGAAAUGGUUAAAGAGAAGUAGACAUUGUCCUAUAUGCAAGAAUGAAUUAGAAAUUUGA